GCGGUGGGUCUUGGGAGUGGCGGAGCGGGUCCUCCCGGGCUGUCAGCUGUGGCCUGGGGCGCCCGGGCCCGGGUGGCCCCGACCAUUGGCCGAGACGCGAGCGGGGCGGGGCCGCCGCCAGCCGCUGCGGGCCAAGCUGAGCAGGCGGUGGUAGGCGGCCAGCCAGGGAGGCACGACCCGGGCUGCUGCAUUCGGCCUGGCCAUGGCAACGGCGCCCCUGAAAGUGUGCAUCGUCGGCUCGGGGAACUGGGGUUCAGCUGUUGCAAAAAUAAUUGGUAAUAAUGUCAAGAAACUUCAGAAGUUUGCUCCCACCGUCAAGAUGUGGGUCUUUGAAGAAACGGUUAAUGGGAGAAAACUGACAGACAUCAUAAAUAAGGACCAUGAAAAUGUAAAAUAUCUUCCUGGACACAAGCUGCCAGAAAAUGUGGUGGCUAUCCCAAAUCUCCGCGAGGCUGUACAGGAUGCAGACCUGCUGGUGUUUGUCAUUCCGCACCAGUUUAUCCACAGAAUCUGUGAUGAAAUCACCGGGAGAGUGUCCAAGGAAGCGCUGGGGAUCACCCUUAUCAAGGGUAUAGAUGAGGGUCCUGAGGGGCUGAAGCUCAUUUCUGACAUCAUCCGAGAGAAGAUGGGCAUUGACAUCAGUGUGCUGAUGGGAGCCAACAUUGCCAAUGAGGUGGCCGCAGAGAAGUUCUGUGAGACCACCAUCGGCAGCAAAGUAAUAGAGAAUGGCCUUCUCUUCAAAGAACUUCUGCAGACUCCAAAUUUUCGGAUUACUGUGGUUGAUGAUGCAGACACUGUUGAACUUUGUGGUGCUCUUAAGAACAUCGUGGCUGUGGGAGCUGGGUUCUGCGACGGCCUCUGCUGCGGAGACAACACCAAAGCUGCCGUCAUCCGCCUGGGACUCAUGGAAAUGAUUUCUUUUGCCAGAAUCUUCUGCAAGGGCCAGGUGUCCACAGCCACCUUUCUGGAGAGCUGUGGAGUAGCUGACCUGAUCACCACCUGCUAUGGAGGGCGGAACCGCAGGGUGGCGGAGGCAUUUGCCAGGACUGGGAAGACCAUUGAAGAACUGGAAAAGGAAAUGCUGAAUGGGCAGAAGCUCCAAGGGCCUCAGACUUCUGCUGAAGUGCACCGCAUCCUCAAGCAGAAGGGACUGAUGGACAAGUUUCCCUUGUUCACCGCAGUGUAUCAGAUCUGCUAUGAGGGCCGACCCGUUCAAGAAAUGUUGUCUUGUCUCCAGUGUCAUCCAGAGCAUGUGUAAAGUGAAUCAUGCAACGUGUUGGAAAAUUCUGCCUUCUGAUCUGAAACUGGCACCUGGCAACAUGAUGUCUGCUUGACUCUAAUCCCGUCAUGGAUAUGUACGAAUUUUUACAGGGUCAGUUUUGAAUUAGGAGUGGGAGUUCAUUAGUUAAGACGUACAAGGCAACAACUGAACACACAUAUGAACGCGCGAGUGUGUGUUUAUUUCUCAUUCUGUGGAUGUUUCUAUGAACCAAAAUUAAAUGUCCUUUUUAAAAAUCAGUUUCGAAAUUUCCCCACUAUGGUAGCUUAUAAAAUUGGAACUAUCUCAGCUAAAUGUGUUAGAUGUAAUCCAUAUGCAUAGGAGUGGGGGAAUUUUUUUUUCUCUCUUUCUCUUGAUGUUGAAAUUUAACCAGCAUUAACGUGGUAGGUACAGUGGAGGAGUGAAUGUGUUCACAGAUCAACUGAUUUAACUUUUAAACACUAUCUCAAAGCCAGCAUAAUUAACUUUUUCGAUUGUGGGUUGAUCUUUUUUUAACAAUUAGAUAUUUUAAAUUGGGUGAUCCACUUAUAUAUUUUCCUCUCACUGCAGUUCUCUGCAUUUUUGGCCUUUGUUCCUCUUCAUUAGCUGCCAAAAUAUGCUUCUGUAAAGGUUCAGCGACAACAGAAGACAGAACGCUCACCUGGGACUUUCCUGCCGUGACUGGCACAUUCUUCUGGUUCACCACAGUUAAUUAAUGCUUUUUUGCACACAUUUUUUUUUUUUUUUUUUUUCAGUUUCUGGCUAGGGCUGGGUUUGAACCCACCACCUCCGGCAUAUGGGGCCGGCGCCCUACUCCUUUGAGCCACAGGCGCCACCCUUUGCACACAUUUCUUGUAAGCCUUGCAGAUCCCCUGAGAGGCUUUGGUUAUGCUCCUGUUGUAAAGAUGCAGCCACUCUACCGGGUCACCUAGUGAGCUGGGGCAGAGCCAGGAGUGAAGUGUAGCACCCAGGCGCAAGAGCAUCUAAGAGAGUGUAGCACCACAGGGCUGAUUCCACCUCCAGCCCACUGGCUAUGGCCAGCACUGUGUACAGCCCUUCCUGAGACCACAGGAGGGCUUCCUGAAGCUGAGGUUUGUGCGUCAUCAUCUCCGUGGGCGCCACUCCACGUGUCGUCUUUAGUUGGCAACAUCAGCUUCACCUGGGUGUCUUAGACAUGCAGGUUUGUGGGUCCCACCCCAGACUCUCGAAGUGCUGUGCUAACUGGGCCUCAGCUUGUCUUCCGUGUGUUUCUGAUGCUUAGCUACAAUCUGAGAACCACUACUUUAGGAAAUUUACUUUAGCUUGGCUCUCCUCAAACCAUGACCCGCAGGAAGUGAAGGUCCUGUGGUUGUUCCUGGUGUUCCCCCGAAAGGGCAAAUGAGUUUGGGAAAAGCUGGAUCUAUACACCUCCCCCCGGAAGGUAUAGAAUGUAUCUAAGUAUGUCAGUGGGAUUUGUUUACAUAAACUAGCAAGUCCCAGAGAUGUUAGAUACCGGCAUUUUUGGCAAGGAAAUUUGCCGGCGUUUCUGGGGAACACUGUUCUAGGCUGAGGUGACCUUAUGACAAGUUGAGUAGACCCUUCAUUCCCUGUAAGAAAUUAGGAUGAGUAAUAAUACCUGUGGUAUUGUUCUGAACUUUUACUGUUCAGGUCUGCCAUGAAUCUUUAUCGAAGCUUUAAGGUGGCACUGUCAUACAACUGAGUACAUGUCAACGUCACUGAAAUGCACAGUAUGUGGAAUAAGUGCUUUUAAUUCUAGAAUGAGAAUGGGAAUUACUGCACCUUUUAAAUUGGUUUCAGAAUAGCAUUAUACAGUUACCUUACUUACCAGUUGAUAAGUGUUAAAGGAACCAUGUGAAUGUAAUUUAUAUACUCAUGAAAUUCCAGUUAACUUUGUAAGAUUUGGGCCUGCCCUCCAACCCCAGUUUGGGAUUUUUUUCCUUCUCUACCUGAAAUGAUUAUAGAAUAGAUUUUCAUGGAAAUUUUGAAGACUCUAUCUAAAACAUUUUGGUGGGCAUUUUAAAGCCCCGUACACAGAAGUAAGUCGAAGCACACAAAAUGUUCCAAGUCUCAGUGGUUUUAGUACCACCAUUAAGUUAAUCAGUUUUUGCUUGUCUCAUGAUAAAUCUUUUUUAAAGUUUGUACAUAGGUAACAGAGUUACUUUUUAAGAUACUUAAAGGGCUGUGAGCUAAUUGUGUCUAUUAAGAAGGGUAAUGAGAUGUGAGGAAUUAGGACUUGGUGUGUUUUGAGUAUUCUCAUCGCAUUCAGCUUCCUGCUCUGGGUUAUGUACUUGAGUGUUUUUCCUGUAAACAAAUGCCCUCAAAAUCACCACUCUGAAGUCUGCUGACUGUACCUCUUCAGCAUACUUACAAUAUUCUGCACAUUAUGGAAAAAGGUAAAUUUUGUAAGUUUAUGCUUUGCUAACUGUAGAUAUUUAUUACUCUGCGAGUUAUCUAUUUUUGUAAUCAUCCGUGGUUCAUCAUGUAUUUUAAUUCACAUUUCUUAUUAAUCAUGGUAUUAAGGAGGGAGCCCCCAAGAUUGGAAGUUUAGUUUGUCCUAUUUUAGCCAAUCUGUGAAUGUAAAAACUACACUGUUGCCUUGAUCUAAUCCACCCUACUAUAAUGUACAACAAAUAUCUGUCUUGAAAUCCACCCCAGGAGAUGGAAUUGAGCUAAACCUCUGGUUUUUCAUUUAACUCUUUAACAAUAUCAUGGUCCCACGGCACCGACAUAGGGAGGGUACUGUGGUGAAGUGCCGGUGUACAAAGGGAAUGUUAGUUUUUCCAUGAGUUCUUUACCUGCUAGCCUUUUUCUUACAUGUGUACUGUAUUUGUUUACAGACUAUAGGUGGAUAUAUAAUUUAAAAGCUUGGUUUAAUAAACAUUUAACCCCCCAAACUUGU